AUGGCGGACCAAGUUCUCUUCCUUGAGCCGUUGAAAACCCUCCAUGAGACAAGGUCCGACGAAGAAUUCGUGCGCGCCUUUGUCGUCGAGAUCCCGGCCAAACUGACAAGCAAGGCUUUGAGCAUUGUCAAACCCAUCAUUCCAUCCGGCGGCAAGCACCCUUCUUUCAGCCAUCUUCGACGCCUUUGCACCUUGCCGCACUUGCCUUUGGAUCUGACGUGGCGUCGUGACUACGACGCCCGGGGCCUUCAAACCAUCUUUCUGUUGUUGCCAAACACCGUGGUGCCGUGGGAGGACAUACAAGCCACACUCACGCCACACAUCGAUGUCGAAGGUCUUCCCCGCUGCUUUGAUGCUGUUGUGCCCCGGUUUGCCCCAUUGAGUGCCGAACAAGCUGCACUUUGGACCGAACGUUAUUGGCCAUCAAUCUUCAAUCCUGCGGCCCAAGUCGUUCAAGAUGCCCCGCCUCUCCACCAACUCCGUCGUGUGCGUACGGCCCUCGAGGUCCCAAUGGCCGACAGGUACAUGCGUUUGGCCUUCUUGGCUGCAGCCGAAUCCCACGAGGCAGGCCAUGGACGCUCGGUGGGAGCCGUGGUUGUCGAUCCAGAUACCGGGGCUGUUGUAGCGGUGGCUGGUGACGCCCGUUGGUGGUCAGAAGAUCCGAAGAUUCACAAAUCUCUCAUGGCAAAUCACUGUGAGGGAAGGCCCGAGUAUCAUGCCGUCAUGCGUGCCAUUGCCAUGGUCGCAAAUAAGGAACUUCGCCGACGUAUCAAAGCCGGAUCCCACAACAGAUUCCUGGCCACCUGCUCCGAAACUCCCUCUGGUCAAGCUCUGACUUCAAUUGAAGCCCGCUAUGAGGAUGAUGACAAGGUCCUCCGCGAUCUCACAGCCGGGCUUGGCAACAUCACGCUGGCUGACGACGAUGCCCUGCCCGACAAACAAUCAGGAUCUCGUACGGAAGGUUACCUCUGCAGCGGCCUGGAUCUCUAUCUCACGCAUGAACCCUGUGUCUGCUGCGCUAUGGCUAUGAUCCACUCUCGAUUCAGGGCCUGCGUUUUCGGCCGGAAGAUGCCUCGCAGCGGUGGCCUCUCCGCCGAAGCUGGGGAUAAGUUGUUGGGAUAUGGUCUCUUCUGGCGUCGUGAACUCAACUGGAGAGUCAUGACAUUCCAGCACACCCGAGCCGCGGCCUUGGAACGCGGAGAGCGAAUCGACACGGGAAUAUUCCAUGCUUAG